AAAGUUGCAAUCACCAAGAUGAAAUUCACUAUUGUCUUAUUGGCCUGCCUUUUGGCUUUCGCUUAUGCCAACGAAGAAGCCGAAGUUGUCAAGGAAUUCUCUGAAGUUAAUGUGGAAGAUUUCAAAUAUGGCCUAGAACUGACCAACAAGAUCCGUGCCGAACAAGAAGGUCAUUUGCAAGAUAAGGACAACUGGGUCGUCAAGGGUGAAUACGAAUAUAUCUCCAAGGAGGGUAAACCCAUCAAGGUUACUUAUACCGCCGAUGCAACUGGUUAUCAUCCACAUGUUGAACAAUAAAAAGU